GCUGGUACGACGUCGAAGUUGUUAGCCAGCAGAACUAUAUAUAAAAACGGUCAAGGAAGUAAGCAGUCUAAAACGUGAAACCGUUGACUUGCAUUUAUUUGAUAUCGCAAAUGACGUGGCAGAUGCGACAUCCAGCCAGAUAAUGGAAGAUACCGUGGAAAAACUAGAUCGCGUAGAACUUGACGAUGAUCAGUUGGUUUCCAAAAGAAAAUUCAUCAGUAGCAUACUUUCGAUAUUUGCUGAAGAAGUGUAUGUCAACGUGGGAGUAGAAGUGCUGCAAAAAUCCGAAACCAUUUACAGAUCUUACGUAUUUGAUCCGUGUCUUAAAAACGUUGCCAAGUAUCUUCGUCGCACUGGAUACCAGAUUACGUUCUUACCUGGUGAAAUCGAAUUGAAUGCGAUCACCAAACAAUUACAACAUUCUGGGAUGAAAGAUGGCCGGUAUCAUUACAAGGCAGAUGGAAUGCUUCGUGCUGAUGAAUUUCCGGACAUGGAAAUUCUCUUGACGGAAGUCUCAAACGGUUAUGGAAGUAAUAGCACUGGAAAAUCUAGCUUUGAUCAUUACAAAGCUAUAAACUGGCUUCUAAAGGACAGAUGUGAGCCCCUCCGCUUCGCUGCGUAUCACAUCUGUCCUUCAGAAGCUACUUUAUUACAAAGCUAUGUUCGGAAUGCUUGCUAUGUUGCGAACAAUAUCAUAGCUCAAAAAUAUUCAAAGGCAUCACUCAACACAUUCCGAACUUUAAAAGUGCAUUUCUUACAUGGACAUGGAGACGCAGUUCGUCAUUGGAGCAUGUCGGUGCAGGCUCCAGGUGUUUUUGUCAUGAACAAGGAACAACGUGCUGAAGUACCUGUCAAUUUUACCAGUUUUUGAUUCCAUUUUUAGAAUUUUAUUCAACCGUUGCUGUAGGUAGUACAAAUCGAA